ACACGCACGACUAACGCUAGCUGACUGAUUUGUGUGUCAAGAAUGGAGGUUCGCACUUCCUGGUGGAGAUCUCAUCAAGGGAAUUCGUGGACAACCUCGUCUCACUGCUCAAUAGCCCAGCGGCUCUGAACUACGAGGUAAAGGGCCGUCUCCUUGCAUUGAUACAGACCUGGGCCUUGGCCUUUGAAAGUCGUUCAGAGCUUGGCUACAUGGGCAGCACCUACCAGCAUCUUCGUCAAGACGGCUUCCAGUUUCCUCCGGAAGAAAGGCUGGCUGCUUCUUUCGUCGACACUGCCGCGCCGCCAGAUUGGUCAGAUUCAGAGGUCUGCAUGCGCUGUCGUACAGCUUUUACUUUUACAAACCGCAAGCACCAUUGCCGGAGCUGCGGCAACGUCUUUUGUGGACAGUGCUCAACUCAGACUAUGCCGCUACCACAGCUCGGCAUCACAACGCCCGUUCGUGUAUGCGACGGCUGCUUUGCCAAGAAACAACAUGGUGCAACUAAAAAGAUGAACACUCAGGCAUCUCCUAGCAAGGCUCGUGCGCCUCCCAGGGAGGACGAGGACAUGGACUUGAAGCGUGCACUAGAAUUAUCGCUAGCGGAGAGUAAGAACGCAGAAGUCAGGCAAGCGCCGCAACCGGCAGCUGCAGCGCCAAUACCUGUUGCGCAGGAUGAAGAUGACGCCGACUUGAAGGCUGCCAUUGAAGCCAGCCUGCGUGAAGCUCAACCAGUAGCUACAGCGCAUGCACCUGCACCUGCCAGUGCAAAUGGCUACAGCUUGCCCCAGCUCGACCAAACGGCCUUGCAGCUACCUCAAGUCAGCACACAGUAUGCGUCUAAACAACCAGAAGCACGACAAAUGCCGAGUCCCAGCAACCCACACGCGUUACAGCCCAGUGAGGCAGAAAAUAUCAAUCUUUUCGCAACCUUGGUUGACCGUCUCAAGUCAUCAGACACGCGCAGUGGCAUAUUGCGCGAUGCUCAAAUCCAGGAGCUCUAUGAGGGGAUCUCAUCUUUGCGAUCGAAACUUGCAAGGUCACUUGGUGAUGCCGUCGGCAAGUAUGAGUCCCUGGUCGAGACGCAUUCCAAGCUCGCCACUGUUCAAAAGUAUUAUGAUCGUUUACUAGAGGCAAGAUUGGAAAGUACUUAUGGCGGACGAGGAUAUAGUGGAUAUGAAACUCAGGAUUACGGGCAUGAUGUAUCGGGAUACUAUGGAGAGUCACAGUCGGAAUACUACUCGCAGGGUACAGCUGUUGGGCAGCCUCCGGCACAACAUCAGCAACAAGGACAACCUCAGCGGCAGUACGGAGCGCAGUAUGACCCAGGAAACCAGCAGCAUCAGUCACAGCAUCAGUCACAGCAUCAGCAAGCAGCGCGGCACGAGGAAGUUUCUCUCAUUGAUCUAUAGCCUGUCUAUAUCGCCUAUCAUGCAUGAUCUCUUCGCUUGACCUUGAUUUCGGGUGCUUCACAAAGAUAGAGGGAUCUUGAGAGCGCUGAAGUAGUCUUCCGUCG